AUGCCCCCCUCCAAAUCAGAAGAUACCCCUCCCCCCGCACCCCAUCGUCAUCAACUCUCGUACCAAAACUUCUCCAAGCGCCUAAUCCUCUCCUAUAUAUUCGACUGGAUCCUCAUAAUCGGAGUCGCCCUCAUCGGCUACGGCUUCAACCAAACAACCCCCAACCACCGACCCUUCUCCCUCACCGACCCAAGCAUCUCCUUCCCCCACAGGGAAAAGGAAACCGUCUCAACGGGCGUGCUAGCCGUGGUAGCGGUAGUAGCUCCAGCUGUGAUCAUUGUCUUGCUCUGGGAAUGGCAUGCAGGAUGGAUGGGACUAGGUGUCGCCCUUGCGGGAACGUUCAUGGCUACGGAGGGACUCAAGGAUCUAUACGGGAAGCCGAGACCGGAUAUGCUGGCUAGGUGUGACCCGGAUUUAUCUGCGGUUAAUGAGUAUGCGGUUUCGGGGUUGGGAGGGAGAAUUGCGGGUGCGCCUACGAUGGUGACGUGGGAAAUAUGUCGGAAUAAGGGUGAUGAGAUGCUGAAGGUGGAUGGGUUUGCUAGUUUUCCGAGUGGGCAUUCUUCUAUGUCGUUCGCGGGAUUGAUGUAUCUCGCUCUUUGGCUAAGUGCUAAAUUCUCCAUUGGCUUCCCGUUCCUGGCGUAUUCGCCGCUCAGCCAGGAUCUGCAAAGACAGGAUCGUGGGAAGAUUCGAAACCAAGGUGCCGCUCCUCCUGUCUAUAUGCUCAUCGUUGCAUUAGUGCCCAUUGCGGUAGCCUUCUUCAUCUCUGCAUCGCGUUGGUUUGAUUAUCGCCAUCAUGGUUUCGACAUCAUAUUCGGAUCGGUCAUGGGAAUGGUCUUCGCGUGGAUUGGUUUCCGACUAUAUCAGCUGCCCAUUAUUCGCGGUGCGGGCUGGUCGUGGGGAGCUAGGAGUCGCAAACAUGCUUUCUUCAUGGGAGUCGGACAGCCGAGCCACGUUUCUGCCGAUAAUUGGGUCAUGAUGAGCGACAAACGCGAUGCUGCAGAGAGCAGCCCGCACAACGUUGAUCUGGAAAGCGGUCGACCGGGCCCGGAUGAGCGAUGA